CCUCAAUCUCACUCCCGAAAGUUCAGUGAACUUAAAACAGUCGUUGUCGCCUUAGCGAGCUGACCUUAGAGUAGACUGUUUCUUAUCCAACAUUCUUUUUCUUUUGCAAUACUUGCGAUAGAGCUUACCGCCUUCCCCCUCCCAUGGCCAACCCCCAGCUUGGGCAUGAUCAAGAUGCGGGAGAGGAGCCGGAAUGUCUGCGCCGAACUCAGUCGCGGAGAGAGCAGCCAUUUUUACGAAAUUACCUCAGGUCUGAGAUGAAAGGAGCAAAGACUAGCGACUUGAGGGUUGCUACGCCCGUGACUGACUCUAAUAAUCAUCGAAAAGUACAGCCCAGGCGUCACAGAGCAUACGUGGGAGACGACAUGAGUGAACAUAGGCUGCCAAGACAAUCAGCAGACUCAAAGUAUGAGAUACCUCCAAGGCGUUGCUCAGCAAGAUUUCGUGGGUCAGUAUCACCAAGCAAAUGUGUCAACAACGAUAGCCCAUCAAUCGCCCCAAGGCGCCUUGCAAAAGAAACGACACGAAUCGAUCCCCUUCCAAAUCCAGCCCCUGGGAGUGAGUCAGAGAUGAUGCGGCAACCAGAGACUCGGCCUAUCAGCCACGAUCAGCUCGUCGCUGAGGUCAAAAGCAUUUACGCCGGCCUCGUUAUGGUCGAAUCAAAAUGCAUUGAAGUCGACAAUGCUCAGUCUGCCAAGUCAGAUUGCACCAAUGAAAACUGGCAGGCGCUCAUUGCGCUCCAUCGCCAGUUAUUGCAUGAGCAUGAUGAUCCCUUCAACAUCUCUUCUGUCGAGAAACCGCAGGAGUACGACCUCGGAGCGCUUCUGUCCGAAGUUUCUCUACGUUCACGGAGUUUCUGCCGCCUGAACAGUCGAUUACUACCACUUUUGCAAGCUACAAAAGGUACCCCAGCAUGCGUACGGUUUGUCGAGUUCAUGGCAUUGAUUGGCGCCCUCUCCAACUUCCUCAGAAAAUACAGUUCGUUACUAGACUUCACGGACACACUUCUUACGGGCUUGUUUGAUUUGAUCACGUCAAUCAUUAGAAGGUUGAACUUGAGAUUCAGAUCCACAUUUGAGGAGCUGAAAUGCAGGAACGCAUCAACUCAGAUAAUAUUUGAGUUCCCCAAUAAUAUGCGGCAUGUCUGUACGACAAUGCCGUGGACUAUAUUGCCUGCGUUGCUGGUACUAUGGGGCGUCUGUUGGAUGUUCAUCAUCGGUCCUGGUGAUCUGCAGCCUGAGAAGUUUAACGCGCCUGUCCCGACCUUUUCGCCAGCUCCAGCUGGCUAUGACUUUCUUGACAACUCUGGCCCAGCCUACUACGAAUAUGGCCUGCAGAGCGUUCUUAUGCCUGAACCUAGUAAUACAGGCUAUGAUCAACCUUCUACUAUCGACAGUCUCCUGUUUGAUAACGUUGGGGCCAGUAUUGAUCCCAUUUACCUGGUUCAAGCUGCUCCUCAAGAUCCAGACUUUUUGUCCUUUGACGUGUUACCAAGGAACAGUGCAGGGAACACGGAAACGCCCGCCAAGGAAGACUUCACUGGAGCGCUACCAGUUGCUGUCGCCCCAGAUCCAAUACUACAGGCCUACGGGGAUGCGAACCGCCAAGAGCCAUUUAAUCCAACGGUUAAUGUUGCAUUGGUUGGUCAGGGAGUUCAAAAUGCUAGCGGUAGCCAGAAGAGUAAAUCUUACUUUGCAUGUCCGAAAUGCCAGCAGACAUUUGCAACAUCCUUCACUCUCAACCGACACCAGAUAGAAGCGCACAAGGAUGCAACAUCCAGCCCUGAAAAGUCGUUCCCAUGCCCUAACAGAGGCUGCAGGAGGUCCGAGGGGGGAUCUCCAUUCAAACGUCUUUACAACCUGAACAGACAUCUUCAAGUUUGUAAACACAAUCCGAAUGUUUCAACCUCCUCGGCCGAGUCGGACGGAACGGAAGAGCAGUCAUCGUCUCAUCCAACUUCAACGCCGGCCUUACCUCAUGAGCUACAGCCUGCGGAACCACUAUCAGAGUGUGCAUCCGGAGAGAGCAGCGUUAGGAAAAGGUCGAGGUCCGAAAACGAUGAUGACUGGAGUGAGGAAUCCUUACUGAGAGAGAUGAAAAAGAAGCUUAAGCGAAUGGCUCAAGAGGUUAAAGAGAAGGAAGAUGCAUAUCUGCAGGCUCGGGAGGGGCUGGAAUCCAUUCGAAAGUCCAUCCAAGUCCUGGAGGAUUCGCUCCGAAAGUCCUAGUCGCCGUUUUGCUCAUCGCUCCGAGAAAGUCAGGCUCGGAAAAUGAUAGGAUGGAAGAUCAGAUCAGAUGGAUUGGUUUUGUAAAGGGUAUCUACAUAUGCAGCGCUCACUAUACUAGACUAGGUAACAACUUACGCAUAUCUGCACGCUGAAUAUUCCCUC